AUGGCUGCGACGUGGCUGGGCGAGUUUGACGACCUAUCAUCCACGGCAGCAGCAGAGAUGGCGACGAUGGACAAGUCCGGCACCUCGGUGUUCGAGCCGGGGAAGCAUGCAGUUGAGGACAUCGAGGUGGACGCCAACGACGCGGCACCGGCACCGCCGGUUCCGGUGCUGAUCGUGGCGCCCAAGGACGCGGGGACGUACCCGGUCGUCAUGCUCCUGCACGGCUUCCUCCUCCGCAACCACUACUACCAGCACCUCCUCCGGCACGUCGCGUCCCACGGCUACAUCACGGUCGCACCACAGUUCAGCGUCAGCAACAGCCUGCUGCCGCCGUUGGGCGACGGCGAGGACAUCGCGGCGGCGGCCAGGGUCGCGGACUGGCUCCCGGGCGGCCUCCCCUCCGUGCUCCCCGACGGCGUCGAUCCGGAGCUCCCGAGGCUUGCUCUUGCCGGCCACAGCCGGGGCGGCCACACGGCCUUCGCGCUGGCGCUAGGGUACGGCGACACCCGCCUGGAGGUCAGCUUCUCGGCUCUGAUCGGCCUCGACCCCGUCGCCGGCGCCGGGAGGAACGCCCAGCUCCCGCCCGAGAUCCUCACCUACGAGCCGUCCUCCUUCGACACGUUGACGGCGGGGAUGCCCGUGCUGGUCGUCGGCACCGGGCUCGGCGAGGAGGGGAAGGGCGGGCUCCUCCCGGCCUGCGCGCCCGCGGAGGUGGGCCGCGCCGAGUUCUACCGCAAGUGCCGGCCGCCGUGCUACCACGUCGUGGCCAGGGACUACGGGCACCUGGACCUGCUGGACGACGACGCACCCGCGCUCAUCACCGGGCUCGUCUGCGAGAGCGGCGACGGGCCCAGGGACGCCAUGAGGCGGUGCGUCGCCGGGAUCAUGGUGGCGUUCCUGAACGCCGCGUUGGGGGCCGAAGAUGGGGAUCUCCAGGCCAUAGUGAGAGACCCGGCCGUCUCGCCGGCGGUGCUUGAUCCGGUGGACCACCGCCUGCAGUGAAAUGCCGGGGGCUGAUGUCAUGCCGAAGUAGACCCACCAAUUGUAAAUAAAUGGUGUUGUGGACUUGCCGUACUAAUUAAGGACAAUCAUGGUAAAUAAAUCAUGUAAAAAACACUAGAAAAAAUAGCGCGUCAAUGUGUUGGCAAGAAAGUCAUAGGCGUCGCUAAUAGCACUUUAGUGUCCUCAGAAUUGUCUCGCUAAAUAAAUCAAUGUGGUGGCCAAUGUGUUGGCAAGAAAGUCAUAGGCCUCCCAAACUAUUGUUUGGAUGUCAGAGCUUUCGGAUUUCUUUGUGGACGUUUCAUCAAAAGGUGUAUUCUUAUUUUUGCA